AUGCUCCACACAAAUGAACAGUUCUUCUUUUCACUUCACCAAGCUUCUGCCACUGAGACUACACCAACAGUCCAGUUCUACAAACUGUUGUCUAUAAUUACAGGCUGUUUGUGGCUGUUUGUGUGCUGCGUCAGGGCAAACCUCACCGCAUCGACUAUGAACAUCUCUGACGAGGACAGGGAUUGUAUCUCUGCCAGUCAGUUAAACCAAGAAAACAUCAUCUUUGCAACAUUUUACAUCCUCGUCUUCCUCUUCGCUGUCCCUGGGAAUGCUCUGGCACUGUGGGCCUUCUGUUGCCAGAAAUGCACGUCUCCAUCAAAGGUCUUCCUGAGGCACCUUUCUAUCGCAGACAUCUCCUACAUUCUCCUGUUACCCAUGCGUACACUGUACCAUCUUUUUAACAGCCACUGGCCACUUGGGCACAUCCUCUGUCAGUUAUCAGGCUUCCUUUUUUAUGUAAACAUGUAUUGCAGCAUCUAUUUGAUGAGCUUCAUCAGCCUGGACAGAUUCCUAGCAGUGGUUCUACCAAUAAAAUCGCAGUUAGUUCGAAAGGCAACAUAUGCAAAGAUAAUUGUUGGCAUAAUUUGGGUAAUGGUUAUUGUUUCAAUGAGUCCUAUUCUUUUUUCUCGAAAGAAUAUGGCCAAUAACGCAACAGGCGAUUGCACUACCCUGUACUUGGAAAAGACAUCUCCCAAAGCUCUGGUUUCCACGAUUGUGGCUUUUGUUAUUCCAUUCAGCACCAUUUUGGUUUCCUAUGUAUUGAUACUCUUAAAACUACAAGCAGUCAAACAAAAAGAAGCUCGACCGGUGAAGGACAAAGCCAUAAAAAUGAUCAUUCUUGUUUUGAUGAACUUCUGCUUUGCGUUCAUACCCUACCAUGUGAGCCGCGUAGUCUACAUUAUGAACCACAGCCACAGCUGUUCAACUAGAAUUGACUGUGAGUCACUGGGAAGAGCCAACCGGAUCACAUCUGCACUCACCUGCGUCAGCGCUGUCCUGGAUCCUGUCAUGUAUUUCUUCUUGAAUAGAACAUACAGAAACAAACUCCUACAGCUGUUCCGUGAAAGCAGAGGAGAAGAUUAAUGAUAUAAUGAUGAUGAUGAUGAUGAUGAUAAAAACUGUAUUUAUCACACGGACAAUAAAGUUUUCA